GGUGGCAGUGACCACCUACGAGUAAUAGCCUCCUGCUUCUCCACGAUUGACUAGUAACUCGCAAGAGUCCCCUCGAACUGCAGCAUACAACAAAAAACACCGCAUUGCCCUCCGACCUCAAACCUGCAUCAUCUUCGGUUUUGCUUUUCCUGACAUUCUUCCAUAUGCGCUCCCCCCCAUUGAUCUCAACCAAACCUCAACCUAUCUACUGAUUCCGUUAUCGUUCUUACGAGUUUCCUUUCUUUCCUUUCUUUGUCCCUUUCUCCAAAAACGUCGGCAUCAAGCAUUAGUUUGCCCAUCAUGUCGGCCGCUCAAGUCGCUCCCACCAUUCCUCCUCGCCCUGUUCGGGCCCAGCAAGCUGCUGCCCACGGCGCAGGGAAGCUGCCUGAUAUCCCUCCUCGUCCCAUAAACAAGCGUCUCGAGCGUUCGGUUUCGCCCUCCAACUACCCUCGCUCCCCUCUAAACGAGCCAUGGUCCGCCAAUCUCACCCGUCACAAGACCAAUGAGCAAGCCUCCGCCGAGGGACUCCCCCGUCGUCCCAGCGUCCAGUACCUCCCAUCUCUGGGUCAAGAAGGCAUGGAGUAUGCCGAAAUCAUGGACAUGGAAAUGGAGAUGCAGAUGGAUAUGCAGACAAAUCAGCAGGCUCCCAUCUCAGCUCUGGCUGCGGAUGCGGCGGCUCAAACCAGAAAUAUCGCGCAAGACCUCCAUUUGCAUGCUCCCAAGCCCUCUCUCCCCAAGUCAAGUGCCACUGCGCAGGUCCAGGCUGUCACCCGGACCGACUCGCAGCAGGCCGCUUCCCACGGUCUUGGGAAGCCGUCAACUCCGUCGCAAGACGAGGGUGAAAGCCUGCACCAAGUGACGACCCGGUCAAGUUUCUCUCGGCCCUCGUCUACAAUCGGCGGUGAGCGCCGGCCCUCGGUUUUUGGGGAUGAAGAGUCUGGUCCUGCAGAACUGGGGCUCCGAGUUCCCAUCAACCCUCUUUUGGGAGACGUGCAGGCUCCUUCCCCUGCCCCAGGUCUGAGUCCGGCCCAUACAGGCGCAAACGGCGAGAAGAGGCGCCCCAACCACUCACGGGCGAAAGCAAGCAGGGAGAUCUUCACUCCUCCUGGGAGCUAUGGUCUUCAUGGUCAUGGCGUUGCUCCUCAGGACAAGUUUGAAAAGGAUUGGUACGCAAAACACCCCGAGGUUGCCCAAAUCGAGGAGACUCUUGGUCAUGGAGUCUAUGAAAGCAUCGGAAGUGGCCGUGGUGCUUUCGCGUUGAGUAGUGAUGAUUUGAAUAAAAUUGUGCGGAAUACGGCUAGCCGCGGAGCAGGACUCGGAACGUCAGGAACAACCUCUUCAUAUCCUGAUGAACAAAUUGGAUACCUGGCGUCGGAUAUCUAUGUCUCAAGGUCCCAGCAAAACACUCCCAACAGCCUCGCGAAGACCCUUACCAACACCUCUCAACCGGCCCUCGAGUCCCCACUGAGAAAAGCCAGUUUUCCAGCGGACGAGACCAUCCCAGCAGAAGUCCGUCGUGGCCGACUUUCGGUUUCCAGUAGGCAUGACGACCACGAUGCAAUCGAAAGUGAACAAGAGGGAGAAAUUCAUGUUCCGGCGGGUCGACGCUAUAGCAAGAUCACGGGCGGUGAGGAAAGCGUCAAUGAAACUCUGGAAACUCGGCCGCUUGUCUCGCAGCCGAGCCAGGAAGAUGAAUAUUUUCAGGAAUACGGCUACAGUGUGCCAAUUCUAGCAGCGGACGAGGUCGCAAAGGAAGCCGGCUUGGAUCUCCUGCAACCCGCCGUUUCUCCCAAGCAAGAACGCCGUGGAAGCCUUGAGCCAGCAAGCGGCGAUGUUACCCCAGGAUCUCGCCCACCGAGCAGACCCACCAGCAUGUACAGUCUCCACAGCGCCAACCAUUCCUUGUCGCGAUUCAUUUCACAUCCCGAGGAACGAGAUACCAUGUACACUCCGCUAGAAGACGUGCACGAAUACGAACCACUAUUCCCCGAGGAUGAUGACAAGCAGCCGAUCAAUCACGCUGAACGAUUCAAGCAGAGACCCAAUGCUCUCAAGCAGCGAUUUCCUAGUCAAGACAUCUGGGAAGAUACACCAAGCAGUGCCCUCUACUCCGCCACCGUCUCUACGCCAGAUCUUCCUGCCAAGGCCAAGGAGGAUGCCUCUGCUUCAAAGACGUUUGAACCUCCGGGACAGGAAGCAGCCCGAAAGGAAGAACCAUCUGAGCAAGAGAAAGCCAAGCUGAUGUCAAAAGAACAGAGACUGGCACAAUCCCGCUUUGCGCCUCACCUGCGUGACGACAUGCCAACCAGACCUGGCAUGGCACCCAGAUUUCCCAGCCGAGACAUCUGGGAGGAUAGCCCUGACAGCCACCAUCUCGUGACAACGGUCACCAAUCUACCAAGAGAACAGCCGGCGGACACCGAGGCCUCACCAGAAGUUUUGGCGAAGCCAAGCGUGCCACCACGUCCCGCUAAGAACCGGUUAGGUGAAGGGGCUUCCUCUGCUCAGGUCGCGCCGAGUAUUCCACCCCGACCGCCGAAAGCACUCGGCGCAGUACCACCUCUAGGUGUCCCCCAGACUGACGCGACGAAACCGAAGGAUACGUCGCCUACAGAGCUGAAGAAAGUUCCCAGCAUCCCCGAUCGACCGAAGCCUCAAAUUCCGGCUCGCCCAGCGAAGAAACCUGCUGGAGAAGGGCUGGCAAAGACCGUGUCCGGCGGUUCAGCAGGGUCGGCUGAGCAAGAGAAGAUUUCACCACCCGUCGCCAAAGCUAAGCCACAAAUCCCGGCCAGACCUAUUCCAGGCAGUAAAAUUGCCAAUCUGAGGGGAAACUUUAUGAACGAUCUCAAUCAGAAACUUGGUUUGGGACCGCCCAAGGAGAAGGAGAAGGAGCCGGAGCCAAUGGCCGAAGAGGCGAAACCUCUGGAAGAUGCACGAAAGGGUCGAGCCCGAGGUCCUCAAAGACGUGCUCCAGCCAAGUCUCCGGCUGCUGCAAUGAAACCUCUAGGAUUCUCCAUGUUUUCACCGCGCGCGUUGUGGACUAUUGAUGACGUUGACGAGUUGAAUGUUACUUCGAGCGAACCCGCUGCGCCUGCGCCUGCGCUAGAGGGGGAGGACGGAUCUGCGAACCUGGAUGUUCCGGAGAAGAAGGCUGAGGAGCUCGACAACUCCGCUCCGGUAGAAACUUCUCCGCCGGCUACUGUCGACGUGCCCGAUCAUGCUGAGGCUGAGCCCAGUCCUCCAGAGGCGGAAGUAAAGGCUGAGGAGCAACCGACACCAAUGGCGACCAGUCUAGCCACAAACACUGCUGGCGAACUUGCAGACCCGGAACCCACACUUGGAACGCCCAUCAGGGAGAAGUCUAACCCUCUGAGUCGGACUGAAUCAGCAGGGAAAGCCGAUAAGGACGGCGAAGAGGUAGGCCUCUCUCAACACACGACGGCAAGCAGUGCCCAGGCGUCAGGAUCGGAAUUGGAAAGAGAAGAGCCCGAUCCAAGUACCGAUGCGAUUCCAGCAAGCAAGCAUACAACUGCAAGCACACUCGGAGACACUCUGCCUUUGGAGAAGAGCCCAACCCCGGAGGAACCGAGGACUCUGAGAAACACGCUCCCGGAAGGAGAACCGGGGAAGACGAGCAUGGAGGAAGUGUAGGAGCAUUGGCUCGGCUGAGUCGCAGUGUGUCCUCUUGGGUCUGCUAGAACGCAGAGCACGGAGCCUCCUACAGGCUAUGGUAUAUGGGUAUGUAACGGCAGCUCGAGCCGCGGGUAAGGAACACGGAUAAGACAAAUGGCAGCAUGUCGGGAGAUUGGCAGGAGCCGUGGAGCAAGAACCCAAAAAGCAAAGAUCUCGCUCUUUCUCAACCUGGGGCCAUUUCAUUACUUAGAAUCACCAAGGACCAAUCCAAUUCGUUGGCCUCUUC